ACUUAAGAUUUUGGCAAGUCUAGUUUUCGAUGCACUAAAUGAGAAAGUUUUGCUCUAUUUCAAUUCUUUAUUCUCAUCAAAGUUGAAAUAUUAAACUUGCCCCGACUCUAUUUGGCUCUCCAUCUCUCUAUUUAUCUUCCGUACAAGUCCUCACACCCCUUCUUUUUAUAUAUAUAUAUGGUCUAUUCCUUUCUCCUCCACAGCCAUUUCACUCUCUCGGCCUCUUUUCUCAGCACAACCAGAAUUCUGAAGUCAUGGAGGAGCUCAUCAUAUCUUCAUCUUCAUCUUCUUCUUCUUCUUCUUCGCUAGUUCCUUCAUCCCAAGAAACUCCGACUACUCUCCAUCAGAGGCUCCAAUCUAUGCUCCAAAGCCAGCCUGACUGGUGGGCCUAUGCCAUAUUCUGGCAAACAUCAAACGAUGAAACUGCUCGCACCUUCCUCGCCUGGGGAGACGGCCAUUUCCAAGGCACCAGAGAUACGUCCCCAACACUAACCACCAUCAACAACCGCCUCCAACACCGCAUUCCUACCUUCAACUUUGAGAGUAAAAGAUCCGUGAAGGGAAUCCAAGCUCUCAUCGGCGAAAACCUUGACAUAGAUGUGUCUAUGAUGGAUGACAAUGAUGUUCCUGACGUUGAAUGGUUCUAUGUUAUGUCUCUCACUCGAUCUUUCUUGGCAGGAGAAGGUAUUCCUGGAAAGGCUCUUAGCACUGGUUCUUUGGUCUGGUUAACUGGUGCUCAGGAACUCCAGUUCUACAACUGUGAAAGAGCAAAAGAGGCACGAAUGCAUGGACUUCAAACCCUGGUUUGCAUACCUACGUUUAAUGGGGUUCUCGAAUUGGGCUCAUCUGAUAUGAUCAGAGAGAAUUGGGGCCUUGUCCAACAAGUCAAGUCUCUUUUUGGGUCAGAUCUCGCCGAUCUGAUGCCCAAAAACCCCAACCCAACCACAGUCCCCGUUCAGUUACUCGACAUGAACAUUUCUUUCGCUGAUAUAGGCAUAAUUGCAGGAAUAAAAGGGGAUGAUGAUGCUCUUGAAGAGAGGUUCGCACAAGAAUUGGAAGCAAAGAAAGAGAGUGCUAAAGCAGGCCUGCCAUAUGUGCACUCCGAGCAUUCCGACUCAGACUGUCCUUUUCUUGCUCCGAUGACUAUAAAUAAAAGAGCCCCAAAGAAAAGAGGGAGAAAACCAGGGCAAGGCCGAGACACGCCACUGAACCACGUAGAGGCGGAGCGGCAACGGCGAGAGAAGCUCAACCACAGGUUCUACGCUUUGCGAGCUGUUGUUCCAAACGUGUCCAGAAUGGACAAAGCAUCACUACUCUCUGAUGCUGUGUCCUAUAUAAAAGAACUGAAGGCCAAAAUUGAGGAACUAGAGUCACAGCUAAAAAGAGAGAAUUCCAAAAGGGUGAAACUGGAAGGGACUGAUAAUACAGAUAAUCAAAGCACAACAACUACAGUAGAUCAAGCCGGUCCUAACACAGAUGGAUCUGAGUUCCAACUUGAAAUUGACGUUAAGAUUUUAGGUAACGACGCCAUGAUUAGGGUUCAAUCUGAGAAUGUCAAUAAUCCAGGUGCUAGGUUAUUGGGUGCACUACGUGACCUUGAACUUCAUGUCCACCAUGCUAGUAUGUCCACAGUUAACGAGCUCAUGCUUCAAGACGUGAUGGUUAGACUUGCUAGUGGAUUCACAACUGAAGAGGAAUUGAAAUCUACACUCCUCCAGAUAUUAGAAGAAUAGAUUACUGUCUAAUAAUUAAUUUAUAUGUAGAGUGUUUAUUUGAUCUUUGUUCUUCCUUCUUUCUUUUCUUUUGAAUUUAUUCAUUUUCAUCAUUAUGCAUGAUUAAGAUGGUGUACGGACCAUAUUCAAUGCUCUUGUAUGUAAAUAUAAAAUGAAUUUCGGGUCCCUUUAUUUCUGAAAA